AUGUCUCAACAAAUGGUACCCCAGCAGGCGCAGCAGGCCUACAACACGGAGCCAGAGACCCUGCGCAACCUCAUGGUCAAUUACAUUCCCACUACUGUAGACGAGCUGCAGCUUCGUCAGCUUUUCGAUCGGUUUGGCCCCAUUGAGAGCGUGAAGAUUGUCUGCGACCGGGACACUCGCCAGAGCCGGGGGUAUGGCUUUGUGAAGUUUCAGGCGGCGACCAGCGCCCAGCAGGCGAUCGCGGAGCUGAACGGGUUCAACAUCCUCAACAAGCGCCUGAAGGUGGCGCUCGCCGCGACUGGAAACCAGCGACAGCGACAUAACGGUAACGCAAACCCGGCCGCGAACAUGAACAUGUACUACGGCAGCAACUUUAACGGCUACCAGGCCCCCAAUCCGUACACGCAGCAGCAGAUGCUGGCCAUGCAGCAGCAGUAUAUGAUGCAGGCCGCACAGCACCAGCCACGCUAA